AAACGCCGGCCCAUUGCACGUGAACUUGCAGAGAGUAUCAUUGGAAAAUUCAAUCAAUUCGAAAUAUUUGCUGUCGCUUUAAACACAGGUAAAUAAGAAACAGAAAACAUGUCGUUCCUAGGGGCAACACUGGCACGAUGCGUCAAGAUGACAGCUGGCAGCACCAACUCCUCAGCUUCGUUUUCGUUGCUGACAACUGGAAUCAAAUCGGCUCAGUUGCAAUUUGGAUUCCUCAGUGUACGCAAUUUCGCUAGCAAAAUGGGUUUACCUCGUGUCUUCUUUGAUAUGACCGCUGAUGGUCAACCUUUGGGCCGCAUUGUUAUGGAGCUCCGUAGCGAUGUUGUUCCCAAGACCGCUGAGAAUUUCCGUGCUCUCUGCACCGGCGAAAAGGGUUUCGGUUACAAGGGAUCCUGUUUCCAUCGUGUCAUUCCCAACUUCAUGUGCCAAGGCGGUGAUUUCACAAACCACAACGGCACUGGCGGUAAAUCCAUCUAUGGCAACAAGUUCGCCGAUGAAAACUUCACCCUAAAGCACACCGGCCCCGGCAUCUUGUCCAUGGCCAAUGCUGGCGCCAACACCAACGGCUCCCAGUUCUUCAUUUGUACCGUCAAGACCGCUUGGUUGGAUAACAAGCACGUUGUUUUCGGCCAGGUUGUCGAUGGUAUGGAUGUUGUCAAACAAAUCGAAUCCUAUGGUUCUCAGUCGGGCAAGACCAGCAAGAAGAUCGUUGUAGCCGAUUGUGGUGCUUUGUAAACAUCUUCACAGCCUGCCCCCCUCACACAUACUGCUGCUGCUGCACAGAACUGCAUUCGAUGGCAAUGCAAUUUGUGUAACAACAACAACAAUAGCAACACACAACAACAACAACAACUAUAUUUUAAUAAUUGUAAUUUUAAGAAAAGAGAAGCAGAAGAUUUGAUGAAUACAACAAAAGGAAGAAGCAUUUAAAAUUCUCUAAGAACAAAAAUAAACAAAACCUUUUGAAGUGUUGUAGGUGGUUGGUGGCCAGCCGGCCGAGAGAUAGAGAACAGAGCUGCUGAGGAGAGGAGCAAGCGCGGGAUUGAAAUGCAUGGAUAUUGUAUAUUACAUGGCAUUUCCAAUACGCCAAGAAAAUCAAAUCAAAAAAAUCCCUUGAAAAUGCUUGCCCCACAACACCAAUACCCACCACCUCAACACAUCUCUCAUUCCUUUCACAACCCAAAAAAUUCUAACAAAAUUAUCAAUUUAAUGAAAUGAAAUAUGCUUAAAGUAUAAUAAUUAUAUUAAAAAAAAAAAAACAAACAAAA